AUGUUUUUGUUAUUCCUUAGUUAUUAAUCCUUAGAUCCUCAAAUCGUUAUAUUAAUAUUAAAUGGUAGCAGUCCGACGUCCAGUGCACAGAAGCUCAUUCAGUGGUUGGUUAUGAAAAUGUUGAUCAUUCGUUGAAAUUGUUGUCGACGAUUAGUUUAAAACUUCUAAUUUUAUCUUUUCCCGGGCUAAUACAGCUAUAAAGCCGAUUUCUUUGUUUCUCGUUUGUUCUGUGACUCGAAACUAGCCAGACUAAUUGAGUAUAUGGUGAAUCUGUCAGGAAGUCGCACAUGCGCUUCUCCCGCUCAGGAACGACCGCUUCGUUACGACUGGAAAUAAGUAUUAGCCUAUACACCUUUUCAAAAACCCCAGUGAUGAUGCAGGGGGCUCUCGUCCGUACGUGUGUGGUGGUGGCUGCCGCCAUCCUCAACCACCCCCUCCUGUUUCCGAAAAACAACAGCAGCAUCUUGGAGCAGGAUGCCGAGCUGCUGGCCCGCAUGAGGGAGCACGAGGAGCUCCUUCGGGCCCAGCAGCUGCUGCUGGAGGUGGAGGUGGAAGCGGCUCCUGAAGACCAGAGUGAGGAGACGAGCUACAGCUGGUACAUCUGGAGCGCACUGUCUCUGGUCGCCUUCCUGACGAUCGAGCUCUGCAGGCAGGAGUACGUCGACCCGCACGCCCGAGAUCUCGAGGACGAGGAUAUCUUGCCGGCCGACUCCAAGUGUUCCAACAGUCUAUUUCCAGACAAAGGGCUCCUUGGGAAUUUUUACGAGAGGUGCGUUCGCACAUCUGCCCACGAGAACUGGAGGGUGCAGGAGUUUGUGGAGGGUUUUUCGGACGACCUGCUGGAGGCGUGGCGUAGCGUCUGCGACAGGGAGGCCGACAUGGAGGUGGAGGAGCCGAUGGGCGUGGGGAGUAUGUACGAGGGAUGGAGGGCGAGCAAGCCCUUGAUGUGCGAUCUGCUCGUGCCGUUCGCCCCCCCGGAGCCGUACCGCUUCACGUUCCAGCUGUGGUGCACCGGGAACGGCGACGUCCCCCCGGAUAUGCAGGGCUGCGGCCGGAUCCAGGUGGUGCAAGCCGGCGAGGACGGGGGCGGCUGUCUCUGCGGCAAAGCCGACCUGGGUGACGACCUGCUGUGUCUGCUGCACGGCCGAAACGAGAAGCCCGUCGUCAGCAAGGCGGCCGGGGACCUCCUGUGCUCCAAGAACACGUCCUACCUGGCCAAAGACAAGGUCAUGAAGUGGUUCCAGGUCGCCGUCACGAAAGCGUGGGGGCGGAUCUCCCACAAAUACGACUUUGAGCUUAUGUUUCGCAGCCUGGACUUCCCUGGCGCUCUGAAAGUGCGCUGGCCGUCAGGGAGGACAAUCGUCCUGAACAUCAUACCAGUAGUGCAGCUGGAAGACACAGAUGCCUACCUUGUCUCCCACUUUCCUUCUGAGGACCACAGCUCCUCUGAUAUGUACUGGCCCAUUUCCUUUGCUAUCUAUGAGAAAAAUCUACUAAAAUAUUUAGUCAAACGCUUGCCUGUCGACUCCUGCCACCUCCAGUGCCUUCAGAUUGUGUGUUUCCUGCUUAAAAAGCAAACAGGCUUGACUGGCGGGAGCGCACUGACGAACUACCACCUAAAGACGGCGCUGUUGCACCUGCUCCUCAACCGACGGGUGACCGACUGGGGGGGUGCAAAACUGGGGGCCCGGGUGCGGGACCUGCUCGGCUUUCUAGAAAGCAGCCUGCAGGAGAAGCGGCUCUGUCACGCCCUGCUGGGUAACCCCAGGCUGCCCCAGGAUUUCUCCUUCCCGGUCAUCUUCCGGACGGUGGAGCCAAUCAAUCUGCUACGACCCCUGGUUCUCCAGAGGCAGCGGUAUGCCAGCACGGUGGAACACUUCCGAGAGAUGCUGAGAAACGCGCCGGUGCUGAUACAGGAAUAUACGCCCCAGUUCUCCAUUCCUCACCUGCAGCAAACCCCCAGCCCCAGCAAUCAGGCGUAGAGUCGGCGUCUCCAAGAACGAGCGCGUUGACAUUGACCCGGAUGUGUUACGGCCAUUUCUCACCCCUAGUCUGUAUGUGACAUUUCAGGGCUGAGACUCGGUCCCACUCCGGCCCUACAUUUGAAACAUGAUUAGACGCAAUAUCAAUGGAAAGAAAAACCUCAAUCUCAAUGUUACGGUUCUAAAAUUCAGUUUUACAGAUUGUAGUAUAUUUUCAGGAGCCAACCAGGUUCCUCUGUACUUUUUUGCUCUGAUUUUGAAUUUGUUGCCACCCUUCAUUAGUGUGGAACAUGUCCUGGGCAAAAAAAAAGCAUAGUUUUUUUUUUUUUGUCAUUUUAAUGUUAAUGUCUAACACAGCACUGAAUUGAUACAUAGCACUGAGACAAUUUCAAUAUGGUGUUGAUAAUGUAUGAUGCCACAGAAUGGUAUUUAAAUUGUAUUGCUGGUAAAGGAUUUUGUAUGUUACUCAUCCAUCCAUCCAUCCAUCCAUCCAAGGGUGACGGUGAACAGUCCAGUGCAGGGCCUAAGAUGUUUCUGCUUUGUUAGAUGCUGGUACAAUAAUGUGGUUUGAAUAUCCAUGUAAAAUCACAAAACUAUGUACUGCAGCUCUAUGGGCCGGAUGCUUCUCCAAAGAAAGUGCACUCUGUGCUCCUCUGGUUUGCUGCAGGAACUGCAGUCGCCGUGUCCUUUGCAGAGCCAUUGUAGAGUCAAGUUUCGCAAGAGGAAGGAAAUUACAAAGCGAAAGUAAUACGCCCUUCACUCACCGACUCAGCUGGGAAGGUCCCUCCAGCGUUUACUACACUCAGACUGCUGGGAGACAGGGACAGUUUGGCCCAUUCACAUGUCUGCCUGCCUGCAAGUCAUUAAUAUAUUUAAAUUAUAGCAAAAUUGCAUCUGGAGUAACAGGACAAACCAGCAAGUGAAGGCGCUGGGGAAAAUGCCAUCUUUGUGUUUUAACUUUUGUUUCAAUAUUAAAACAGUUACAUGUUUUACUAUCAAAUAGAAAAGCAACCUUUUUUUUAAUUUUUGAAAAUGUGUUUUUACACUUGUAUUUAAAAAAAUAAAACCGAACACCGGGAUCAUCA